AGAAAAACUGGGGACACCGACCGAAACGGUCCACAACGCACCAACCGGCGGCAGUACCCACCAUCAGCCCCUUGCUGCCUCAGCCAGUCGGCGUCCGCCACCUCGCCCGCGGCUUCUAGAAGCUUCCGGGACACGGAGCACCCCUUUUGGCGCCUGUUACUGACGAGGCUUGCACAGGGCGCCGCAGGGAUCUACGCCGGCGGAGGGCCGUGGCGCGGCGGCCCUGCUGAGAUCGCGGGGGAGCGGGAGCGCCAGUCCCACGCGUGUGCGGCGGCGGGGGAUCCGGCGGGGGAAGUGCGGGGCGACAGAGAUCCCGCCCGAUGCAGAUCCGGGAAGGCCCGCGGCGGCAGGCGCCGUCGGCCGCGGGGGCGAUGCGGUCGCCGUUGUCGGCCAUGAUGCUCGCCAUGUUCGCCACCAUGGCCUCCUUCUACGUCGCCGGCCGAUUGUGGCAGGACGCGCAGAAUCGGGUUUACCUGAUAAAAGAGCUUGACAGGCGAACUGGCCAGGGGCGGUCAGCGAUAUCAGUGGACGAUACUUUGAAGGUUGUUGCAUGCAGGCAGCAAGCCAAGCGGUUGGCAUCACUUGAGAUGGAGCUGGCUGCAGCAAAGCAUGAUGGUUUUGUUGGAAAAUAUACUUCUGAGACAAAUGGGACUCAUUCUAGGAAGAAGCCACUGAUUGUUAUUGGAAUAAUGACAAGUUUUGGCAGAAAAAACUAUCGUGAUGCUGUCAGGAAAUCAUGGCUUCCGACAGGCUCAAUGCUGAAGAAAUUAGAAGAAGACAAAGGCAUUAUAGUACGUUUCAUAGUUGGAAGAAGUGCAAAUCGGGGAGAUACUUUUGACAGGGAAAUAGAUGAUGAGAAUAAAAUUACAAAAGAUUUUCUGAUCUUGGAUGAUCAUAUAGAGUCUGAUGAAGAGCUUCCUAAGAAGACAAAAAGUUACUUUGCUAAUGCUGCAGAGACAUUUGAUGCUGAAUUUUAUGCUAAGGUCAAUGAUGAUAUAUACAUAAAUGUUGACACUUUGAGUGCAAUGCUCGGAACUCACUGGGACAAGCCUCGUGUCUACAUAGGCUGUAUGAAAUCAGGCGAGGUCUUCUCUGAAGCGACUCAUAAGUGGUAUGAACCAGACUGGUGGAAAUUUGGUGACGGGAAAUCAUACUUCCGACAUGCUUCUGGUGAAAUGUUUGUCAUAUCAAGAGCCGUAGCUCAAUUCAUUUCUAUAAACAGGUCUGUUCUCCGUACAUAUGCCCAUGAUGAUGUUAGUGUAGGAUCGUGGAUGAUUGGGCUUGGUGUCAAGCAUGUAAAUGAAGCAAAGCUAUGCUGUUCCUCAUGGCCCUCAGGAGCUAUGUGUUCAGCUCUUUGAUGAGCUAUGCUUUCCUGAUGAAGAGUUUUGUGAACAGCGUGUUAGGCUAAAGCUUACACUGAAUGAUACAUCCCAACUGCAGAGAAUGAGAUCAAAUCGGCACUGUAUAGAUUUUGUUUUGUUUUGCCAUUUUUUCUGUGGCAUUCAUGAACAAGCAGUGCCAGCUCAUACCGAAUCUGAUAUCUUAUCGCGAAGGAGAAGCGUCACACCUUUGACCACACUGCCGAGAAUCAUGAGUGCUGACUAAAAUCCUUCUGCAAAGUUGCAUCAUGGUUUUUGCUUGUCCAGCUGUGUCGUUUGUAGAUCUCUCCACCCUUACCAUUCUUUGCUGACAAACACCAUGUUGGAGUGAUAGAAAUUUAAUAGCAAAUUCAGGAAAUUAUUUUUACUUAUAUGUCGGGUAUAUCUCCACAUUUUUUUGCCUUCCCGUGAUAGUUGUGAACUUGGAUACAUAUUAUUCUGAGGUUAAAGAGUAGGCCAUGUAUACUUGUGCCAUUUGAAACCAAGGAAAAAGCAUCAACAGUAUUGUCCGCU